CGGCAGGGGAAGAUGGCGGCGGCGGGUGGGGGCGGUGCUGCGGUGUCGGUGUUGGCGCCCAGCGGGCGGCGGGUGACCGUGCGGGUGGGGCCCGGCACGGUCCUGCUCCAGGUCCUCGAGGAGGUCUGUAGGAAGCAGGGUGGCAGCCCUGGCGAGUACGGCCUGAAGUUUCAGAGGAAUGUGUUGGACCUGUCUUUGCAGUGGAGAUUUGCUAGGCUGCCCAACAAUGCCAAACUGGAGAUGGUGCCAAUCUCCGUCAGAGCAGGAGCUGGAACCACGGUUCGGAUAGCAUUACAGUUAGACGAUGGCUCCCGUUUGCAAGACACCUUCCUCUGUCAACAGACCUUGUGGGAACUUCUCAACCGUUUUGCAAAGAUCAGGGAGUUGAUGGAACAGGAUGGUGAAUUGUCUCCAGUCUGUAUUUACAUGCGAGAUGAGAUAUCAGGAAAAGAUGCUCUGGAGAAGACAACACUGAAAUCGCUUGGCCUGAUUGGAGGCAAUGCUGUUAUCAGAGUUGUCAUGAAGAAAUGCAGUUCAUCUGCUUGGGAGGAAGUUGUGGAUGCCACGGUGCCUUGUAAUGAGCCAACAGUGAGGCGAGGCUCUAUGGAAGAAGCAGUGGAUGUGCCUCUACCUCAAGCAAACACAUUUCCAAAGGACUUGGAGCACAGGGAUGUGGCUGUAUCUUUAAACAGCUGCACACACAAGCAAGACUCAAUUAAAGAUUCUCAUGCUAGCUUGGAGGAGCUGUGGCAUUCUCCAGAGCCUGAGCCUACCCAAUUUGUCCCUUCUUUUGGAGAUGGAGAGCCUCUGGGGGACUCUCCUGUAGCUGUACCAUCUUCAAAGCUGCCGACAACUUUUUCCAGUCCUGGAGGCCCUUCUAAGCCAAAGAAGUCUAAGAGCAGCCAAGAACUGCGAAAGGAGCAAGAACAGCUUGUAGAACGUGAGCCCCUUAUAUGUCACCUAGACUUACUGGAACAGCUUCCUGAUGGCUCAGAAGAGCUUCCUGAUGAAUUUUUUGAAGUCACAGUGGAUGAUGUACGGAAACGUUUGGCACAGCUGCAGAAUGAGAGGAAACGCCUGGAAGAAGCUCCACUGAUGACAAAAUCCUUGAAGGAGUCCCAGCUGAAGGAGAAGUUGGAGCGUUACCCAAAGGUGGUGGUGAGAGUUCGUUUUCCAGACCGCCAUGUUCUGCAGGGCUUUUUCCAUCCCACUGAAACUGUUGGCAUUUUGAGAGACUUUGUAAGAAGCCACCUUGCUGAUGCAGAGUUGCCAUUUUACUUGUUUGUUGCACCUCCCAGAAUCAUCUUGAACGAUGAAAGUCUGACGCUGUUUGAGGCUAAACUUUUCCCAACUGCUGUCAUUCAUUUUGGAUCGGAGGAGUGCAGGGCUUGUUACCUGAAAUCAGACCUGCUGAGCUCUGCAGUUUCUCCUUCUGCAGCUGAUUUAUUAGUAGCCAGAUCAUUAGUUCCUUCUGCUUCAUCAGCUUUAGCGUCAGUGGCUCCAUCCUUAUCUGAACCAGAAGUGGGAAGUGACAAAGAGACCAUUGGGCAGCUAGAAGCAUCCAGCACUCAGGGAGCUCUGCAAGUGUUUAGAAAAGCCCCUGGGAAAAUACCCAAAUGGCUGAAGCUUCCAGGUGGAAAAAGAUGAAGCAUCCUGGGCUGCUGGAUCACUGAGUUGUCAGCUGUGCCCUCUUCUCCACGAACUUACUGAGAAUGUGCAAAAGGUGUUGGUGACCCUGGAGAGAUCUAAUCUGUAUGAACAUUAGUUAUAAAAAGAGAAUGGCUAUUUCAGAUACCAGUUGCAGCUGGUGGAGGAGUGGAGGGCCUGUUUGUGGUCUUUGUGACUAGAGAAGCAAGGUUAGAGGUUAAAUUUAAGGUUUCUUGCAUGCAAAUAAUAAGAAUAGAGAAUUAAGGGGGACAUGAUUCCUGUAUACUUCCUGCAAAGGACUUUUUUUCUAACCAUAUUUUUAAAUUCAAAUCCUCUCAGUUCCACCUUCAGAGAUCACUUGAGUCUAGCCUGUAUUCUAGUAGCAAAAUACAAUCUGGUUCAGCUUUACUUAUAAUUAUUAAGUGGUGCCUAGAACAAGACUUCUCUCUGCCCCUUAGUAUUAGGGUUAGUGCUGCUGAUAAUUCCAGGCAUAGAUGGCUGGAAAAUGAAGAGGAAGCACUUCAGUUACUUAAACCAGUUGAGAUCAGUGAACUUUCCUGUGAAGCACUUGGACUGCUGCACUCAUAUUGUGUUCAGUUGCCAGAAUCUUGUUAACAAGGAACACAGGUAUCUGUUCAUGGAAUGCUUGUUGAGCUUGUUUCUGCCCUAAGCUCUACUUUUAUUUUCACUGUAUAUAAUUACCAUCAGUAAUUAGUUACAGCAAGGGAAGAAACAUCCAGUUGAAGGGUCUCUUCAAAUGACAGUUGAUUGGUUGCCUCAGUAUUCCCAGAGCAGGGUAGGUGUGCUCUGCACUGUAGUUAGUGUACAGGGGAAAGGCCCAGUCCAGAUCUUUGUCUCCUGCAGAUCUCGUUGGGGGAUGAAUAUUGGUUAGCAUUGCCCUUAUACUGGAGAUGAACUCUCUUGUACCAUGGGAGUUAUGGUGCUGGGUUUUGUUUGAAGUCUUCUCCGUGGAUCAGUGAUCUGUGGAGAGUCGGGGUUCCAUGGUACAGUAAUACCAUGUUUUCCAUUUUCCUUGUUUCCUCCCUGCACUACAUGUGCAUCUGCACAAUUUAUAGAUGUAAUAAAGCAGAGUGGCCACGGGGGCCCUUUUGGUCAGUCCUGUUAAUAA